CUAGUUUGUUGCUAACCAUAGAGGAAGUGUAAGUGACGCUUCAAAAUGUCAAUAUAUUCCAACAAACGUUAUCAAUAUCGGAUUCAUAAGCCUUCCAUCAAGCCUACUAUCGGUGUCAUAAAUGAUAGCCACCAAAUUUUAAAAGCUCAACCUCCAGUUACAACCAAUGUGGAUAUCAUCGCUCUGCUCGUGAAUCACGGCCUUUAUCAUGUCGUUGAAAAGAUCCUAUUGUUACUCAGCUUGUCUUUGGAUGAUAUAAGAAACUUUCAAUUGGUAUCUCGGUUAUGGCUCUCUUUGCUUGAUGACCCUAAUGCACGAUUUUGGAAGCUUUUCUUACAUAGAAAGCGAAACAGCCGUGACAUGGAUUUGAUUCCGAAUCACGAAGGUGGUGGGAAACAGAGCAAGUUGGAAGUGAAAAAACUCACGUUUCUGGAGAAACGUUGGCGCCAAGAUAAGCCGUUUGAGCAAAGAGUUGAGUUUGACUCGUUCGUGUUGUGUCUCUUAGUUUUGAACCCGGAUUGGACUCGUUCUCAAGUGCUAGUCGGUCUGAACAAUGGUUGUCUAGAGGAAUGGGUUUUGGGGAAGGACCCACUUAAAGUUCGAUCAAAAGAGCUCCAUAAUAAAGGCAUCAAAUGCCUCUCGUCAACGGAGGACUAUCUUUUCACCGGCUCCUAUGAUGGGUCGGUUCGCGUGUGGGACCACUCCACGUGGAGGGCCAUAGCAACGCUUACCCAUCAUUCAGAUGCAGUCUGGGAUUUGAAGACCUUUGAUCGGAAACUCGUAUCUUGCGGAACGGACGGCCGUGUGUGCGUUCUUAACAUAGAAAACGAGAGUUUCCCCAUUAUUCAGAUGAUAACCACAGAACCUGAAAUAGCUUCGAACUUGGAUGUGAGCGACAAAUUCGUUGUGACGGGCUAUGAUAACGGAAAUAUUGCAGUUUGGGAGGCGGUUCUGAAUGACUUGCGACGAAUUCAUACCCUGGAGGGCCACACCCAAGGUGUGACUUGUGUCAAGAUCAAUCAAGACGUCUUGGCAUCUGGCAGUUAUGACUGCCGAGUCCGGCUCUGGAAUAUCUCUCAUGGGGUUUGCUUGGCAUUGCUCCAAGGACAUAAAGAUCUCGUGCGAUCCUUAGAUAUUUCCCAUGGUAGAGUGGUUUCAGGUGAUUUCAGUGGAUUCUUGAAGAUCUGGGACCUCACUUCAAUUAUUCCUGCUUCAACUCAACAUAUAAAAGCUAUCAUCGAUGAUGGCAAGCCGACUUAUGAGCCGUUAGUAACUUUAGGCCAUCGUUCACUCCUCACCCAUAGAGGACACGUAACAGUGGUCAAAAUUAGUGGAGAGUCAUUGUGGAGUGGCUCUAGGGAAAAAAAUGUUGUUUUCCAAUGCUUCAUGUGUGAUUGAUUGAGUUAUAUGUGACUGAGGACUGCACACAGCCAAGACUAAAUGCAACUCAUGUGCCGCAGUUUUGGAGCAUGUUCGAUACUUUGAUAACACGAACGUACGUAUGGUGAAUGCAAUAUGUAGAUUGCAUAAACCGUGGCUUUCUUUGAAACAUAGCAAAAUUUAAGAAAUAUUUUUUUGAAAAUCGGUACUCUAUCUUGAAGACAAGUAAGCCAUGAGUUUGGCUUAUACCCAUAUGGUAUGUUGAUCGGCAAAGGGCGGGGAAAAAAUGUAAAACCCGUUUAAAGAUCACAAAUAAAACAGUUUUUCUGGCA